GGCAAUCCUACGAGGACGAGAAAAUGUUAUCAGCUUAUGAUCAAGUCGACUACUUCUGCACGUCCAUAUUACAGAAUUUUUCUCCUUUAGAUCGUCAAAGCGAUGUUCAUCUCUUACCAGAAGAAACUAAAGAAGCAAUGGCUGGACUGAUAUUUGCUGCAUCAAGAAUCGGCGAGCUUAAGGAGCUUCAAAUCAUAAGGAGCUUGCUUGUUCAAAGAUUUGGGCUUGGGUUUGACAAAGAUUGUGUAGAUUUGCGUCCAGGACACUUUGUGAGUUCGGAGAUAGUGAAGAUUCUAGAGACGAAGUAUUCGAGAGAUGCAUUUAGUCCGGAGAACCUAUUGGGAAUUUUCCAAAACUACCAAACCAGCAGUACCACUGCUAAUGUGGAUCCAAUAACUAAAGAUUCAGCUUCACGUGAUGAUCAUGGCAUUGCCCGUUCUGAUACAGCGAAAAAGAGAAACCAAAAACGGGUGUUAGGAGAAAGGAAGUUAUGAAGAAGAAAAAAAAAGUUAUGAAGAAGAAUUCAAAGUUUCUGGAUCGGUCAUCGUUUAUGAGGUAGAAGUUUGAUUGUGAUUUGUA